CGCCCCUUCUCCCUUUUCAUUCAUCGUAUUCCACCCUUGUUAAGGCUACCCACUCAGAACUAAUUUUCUUCCUCUCAUACAUGAUACACAUGUCCGACACUCCCCCCAUCCUUGAAUUGCUUUGAUUCCUUGAUUUUCUCUCAGGCAUCUCUCUUAUUAAUUUUUUCCCUUAAUCAUCUUCCCACCGUUCACUCAGUUAUUAAUUUCUGUUUAAAUGAUGAUUUGAUUUACAGAUUUCAUACAAAUUUCAAUUGAGGCUCGAUCAUAAGUCAUAACCAGUAGAGGUGAUGCUUUGCUCUCUUGGUAGAGGCUCUAUCCGUUGUUCGACACUCUAGUCCGGGUUUUUAAUCAACCGGCAAUUUGUUGUCUCCUAUCAACCUCACCUGGUGAUAUAUCUCAGCGAUUGAACAUAUAAUUAUUUUCAUCGGGAUCAGAUUGUCUUUCAAAAGAAAGCAUGAGUGAUUCGGAACAGAGCCAUAAGAUGUGUCACCACCUGCAUGAGAAAUUUUCAGAUUCAACUGUUCUCUUCGGCAGCCUGGAUGAAAGUUUGUUAUAUGAAAUCCUUGCUAGGCUCCCCAGCAGAAGUGCCAUGCAGUUGAAAUUGGUUUGCAGGCGCUGGCAUUCUCUGAUCUCUUCUGCCUAUUUUAUUACUUUUUACAAUCACCGCCGUCACGACACAUCCCUCCCGCUGAUUCGGGAUCGUGAUUCGCCAUCAUAUAGCCUUGUACUCCAAUUGGCACAUCAGACGUCUCUCAUUCGUUGUGGCUACACCUAUGGUUGUGCCAGAUCGUACAAUCACAGGAUGCUUGAUUUAAGUUUUCUUCCUUGUUCUCAGAGCAGCGGCAACAUAAUUGAACUGAACGCUUCAUGUGCGGACUUAAUUCUUUGUUCUUAUAAGCGACGCCCGUUGUCCCGAACCAAACUUUACUAUGUUUGUAAUAUUCUAACUGAGCAGUGGGUUGCACUUCCUCCCGCCUUCCACUUCACAGACCAAGCCAUUGGCUUCCUAUGGAUUAACAUUCUUGCACCAUGUUCCCUUUGCCAUUGCAAUGGUAGUAGUCAAUGUGUACCGAACUCCCGCCACAAAUUUAUGGUGGUGCAAAUCAUUGCACAUGAGCACAAUUUGCCCCUUUCUGAGUUUGAAGUUCAUCUCUUUUCGUCUGAGGAUGCCCAGUGGAGAAGAUUGACAGUUUUAUCCCCACGAACCUUGAAUGUAUCUCGACCAAAAAAUUAUUCCGGGGAUUUUCUAGGAAAGUCGUAUGAUGUUCUUGUUCCAUACAAAGGUAUGCUGCAUUGGCUGACUUCUGAUUGUGUUGUAGUGUACGACCCUUAUGAUUGUCCGGAAGGAUUUUCUCAUCUCAUUGAUUUGCCCCUAGAAUCGGAUUCCCAGUACACUUGUAGCAGCAUUGCAGUGUGCCAGGAUCGUCUUUGUGUAGGGCUAUUUUACUCCGCCCAAGGUUCAUAUGAUAUAUGGGAGCUUGAGGACUAUGAGGAAGGGAAGUGGACUUUGGUGCACAAGAUUUGCACUAGAAACAUGAAUCUUGACCCUAAUCAUUUGUUCCCGGAUAAAUGCAUACUAUAUAUCCAUCCUGACGGAAAUGUUUUCUAUAAGGAUGAAAAGAACUCUUCUAUACGGGUAUGCAAUUUUCGAAGUGGAACCAUAGAUCACUUAUAUGAGUUAAUCGACUGUGAAUCCAAGGAAUUGGAUUUAGAGCGAAGGAAUGUCCUUCAAAUUUCUGAUCAGGACUGGCCAACGCCAGUACCGUUGUUACUGCAGAAUGUGUAGCCUUUUACAUUCAAUUUGUUUUGUUACGCAUUAGGUGCCUAGAAGGUUGUUCACCUCUUUUUAGCUCAUUAUAAUUAUAAUGUAAUUGUGUUAUGAUAUUCUUGUCUUCUUGUCAUCAAUUCAUACCAAAUUUGCAAUGUUAGAUGCUACAAUCAGUCCCCAUGACUAGAAGCAUUUUUAAAGAAAUCACUCAGUUUAGUACUCU